AUGUCCUCUGACGGCGCCACAUCGCACGGCUCCACGCUCUCCUCCUCAUCCACCUCUCAGACGUCCAGUGGGUCCUCGUCUGCCACGUCGGCCGCUAUGUCGGGCGACAGCGAAGUUCCGGUCCGCCACGUCUGGCAGGAUAUAAAGGACCAACUCGUGAACAUGAACGUUGCCCUUGCACGCGAGACCGCCGCCUUCGCUGAGCAACGUAAGAAGGUCGCUGCGCACCAGGCAGUCACUACGGACAACGCCCACUCCGUCGAACAACUCGGUAUCCAUCUCGACAAGAUCGAUCAUACGCUGAAGGCCGAGACGGCCGCUCUCAGAGGCGCCGUUUCGGAAUGCUUCUCUCAGCUGACGAUAACAUUAGACCGUAAAUUCGACGCCUCCGAGAGCCGUCACAAGCGCAUGAUCGCCGCUCUGCAGCAACCAGUGGUGCCGAACUGA